AUAAAUUUUAUUCAUUUAAAAAUGGCUGUAAUCGCUGCUUAUCGUUUAGCGAACGAUAGAAAGGAGUGGCUCAAUAAUCCUCUUCCUGGAUUUACUGCAAAGCCGAUUAAGGAUGUUAAUGGAUUGAAUUUAUUCAAGUGGGAAUGUGCCAUUCCUGGACGAAGAGAGACUAUUUGGGAAGGAGGAUUGUUCAAACUUCGGAUGAUUUUCAAAGAUGAUUAUCCGUUCAUUCCUCCAAAGUGCCAGUUUGCACCUCCAUUGUUCCAUCCAAACGUUUAUCCGUCUGGGACGGUUUGUCUGGGGUUGUUGGACGAAGACAAAGACUGGAGGCCGUCAAUGUCUGUUAAAGAAAUUUUGAUUGCAAUUGAAGAAUUAUUGGUUAAUCCGAAUGUGGCAGAUCCUGCUCAAGCUGUGGCUUAUCAAAUUUAUGUUCAAGAUCGUCAAGAAUAUGAUCGGCGUGUGCGAGAGUUCAUUCAACUUUUUUGUUCUGAAGUGGUUCAAAUGGAAAUGUUAAAUCAUUAUUAA